AUACAGUUGAGUGCUACCGAUUUCAACGUGUAGGAAAGCGUUUCAAUCUUCUUAAAGUUUAUACCACUGAUUGAUUAAAAAGUUUGUUUUCAUUUUCCUGAAACAUCUUUCAGCAAGUACUAAGAACGUUGGAAUUGUACAGUCUUAUUCACCAGAAAAAUCGAAAAGUUGAAAAAAGAUGGAUUCGCCCACAGACGAAGAGAGCGAGAAUAUGAAAUUUUUGAGAUAUUUCAAAUCCGCGAAUCUCACUGAAGAGGACUAUCUAAUUAGUCUUCUCGGCCCGAAACACUUAUCAUUGCAUGUGGCUAUUCCAAUGACCAUAUUAUACUUGGCAAUAUUUUUUACGGGAAUUUUAGGAAACAUUAUCACUUGCAUGGUCAUCAUUAAGAAUUCGUCAAUGCAGAAUGCAACAAACUAUUACCUCUUCAGUCUCGCCAUAUCGGACCUUACUCUACUUGCUCUCGGAAAAUAUUCAACCUCACUUGCAGUUCUGUUCACCCACUGAUAACUAUUGUUUAAAGUGUGAAAAAGGGUGUCCGCAAAACUAAAA